AUCAACAAUUCUAUUAGUAUUAAGUGUAACAUAACAUGGUUACCAGAAGUUUAUCAGAUUGUGGUUCAUUAGCAACAAAUGUAAGUGAAGAAGAUAUUAUGGUAAUAAAGAAAGGUCCAUGGAUAGAGGAAGAAGAUACUGUUCUGAUGAACUAUGUGGCUGUCCACGGCGAAGGUCACUGGAACUCCGUGGCCCGCUGUUCGGGUUUAAAGAGAACGGGAAAAAGCUGCAGAUUUAGAUGGUUGAACUACCUGCGACCAAAUGUUCGACGUGGGAAUAUUACUCUCCAAGAACAGCUCUUGAUUCUUGAUCUCCAUUCUCGGUGGGGCAACCGGUGGUCUAAAAUAGCGGAACAAUUGCCGGGAAGAACGGACAAUGAGAUAAAGAACUACUGGAGGACAAGAGUGGUGAAGCAAGCAAGGCAACUCAAUUGUGAUGUAAACAGCAAACUCUUCAGGGACACAUUGCGUUUUGAAUGGAUUCCCCGUCUCAUUGAGAGGAUCCAGUCUACUCGUGCAACUGCAGAUACUAAUUUAUACAUUCAACGACAAACCAGCAAUUGUAACAAUACUAAAGCGCACAGUGAUACUUGUACAAAUGCAAAUCCUCCUCCCAUGUUGAUGUCUGAGGUUUCGUCAUACUCGUCCGGCAUUGAUGUUGCAGUAGAAUCAAACCUAUCUUACAAUGUAAUGGAAAUGACAGAAUUGGGAUCCACAUGGGAGGAGUGGAAUUGCUUAGACACAAACACUCAAGAAUUUGAACAGGACAAUGAUUUUGGUGGUUCGGAAUUGUGGACAGAAGAAAACAUAUGGUUCUUGCAGCAACAACUUGCUGGCGAUUUAUGAUCUAGUUUUUUACACUAAUUUAACAUUAAUUA